CUUGCCUGCGAAGUCAUGGAUUGGCCUACAAGUUUUCUUGUUUGCCUUGUCAUAUUUUCAUCAUCGGUCUUAUUCCUAUUCUUCCGAAGAAGAAAUUCCAACCCAGGCAAGCUCCCUCCAGGGCCUCCAGGAUGGCCCAUUAUCGGAAACAUGUUCGAUCUUGGCACCAUGCCACACCGGACCCUCACCUGCCUAAGAGACAAGUAUGGUCCAGUUAUAUGGCUCAGGCUAGGUACCGUGAACACCAUGGUACUUCUUUCAACAAAAGCAGCUACUGAGUUGUUUAAGAACCAUGAUCUCUCCUUCGCUGAGCGCAACAUCACCGAAAUUAUGCGCGCCCAUGAUUACCACAAAAGUUCUUUAGCUCUAGCACCGUAUGGUUCAUAUUGGCGCGUGUUAAGGCGCCUGGUCACGGUGGAUAUGUUGGUUAACAAGCGGAUAAAUGAAACCACUUGUAUAAGAAGAAAAUGUGUUGAUGAUAUGCUGCUAUGGAUCGAAGACGAGGCACGUAAGAAGCAAGGAGACUCACAUAGAGAUGGAAUUCAUGUGGCACGUUUUGUGUUUUUGUUGACAUUUAAUUUGCUUGGAAACCUUAUGCUGUCGCGUGAUUUGUUCGAUCCUGAUUCAAAGGAGGGUUCUGAACUUUUCAUGGUCAUGUUGAGGCUGAUGGAAUGGUCUGGUCAAGGAAAUAUCGCAGAUUUUUUUCCCUGGCUGCAGUGGCUUGACCCUCAAGGAUUGAAAAGGAAGAUGGAGAAGGAUCUUGGUAAGGCCAUUGAAAUUGCCUCUAAGUUUGUGAAGGAAAAAUUGCAACAGAAGAAGGUGGGGGAAGAUAAGAGGGAUUUCUUGGAUUUGUUGAUUGAGUUUGAAGGAAAUGGCAAGGACGAACCAGCUAAAUUAUCUGACCAUGAGCUGAACAUCUUCAUCCUGGAAAUUUUUUUGGCUGGUUCAGAGACAACAAGCAGCACCAUAGAAUGGGCAUUUGCCGAGCUGCUUUGCAACCCAGACGCCAUGAUCAAGGCCAAAGCAGAGCUUACUCGGGUGGUUGGACCAAACAAGAAGGUAGAAGAGCGUGACAUUGAAAAUCUUCAUUACUUGCACGCAGUAGUAAAAGAAACAUUUCGGCUACAUCCACCACUUCCAUUCCUUAUUCCAAGAAAGGCAAUGCAAGACACCAAUUUUAUGGGGUACCAUAUACCCAAAAACACACAAGUUUUUGUAAAUGCUUGGGCCAUUGGAAGGGAUCCGGAAGUGUGGGAUGACCCCUUGUUAUUCAAGCCCGAGAGGUUUAUCGGAUCGAAAAUCGAAUACAAGGGGCAUCACUAUGAGCUAAUUCCUUUUGGAGCAGGGAGAAGAAUGUGUGCAGGUGUGGCACUAGCUGAUAGAGUUCUGCGCCUCGUUUUAGGCUCAUUGCUUCACCACUUUGAUUGGGAACUUGGAGGCAAUGUGACCAAGGAGACGAUUGACAUGAAAGACAAAUUGGGCGUAACAAUGAGAAAACUGGAGCCGUUACUAGCAGUUCCUAAAAAGUGUAAGACAUCAGACUGAAGUGAAGUAUUUAGAUGAUGGGCAAUUUGAAACGGUCUUUGCAAGUUUCCUAGCACACAUACUAUUCAAGCAUCUGAUUCAUAGUUUAUGUUUCGUUAUUUUUAGUAUUAGCAAAAUUAACAAGGAUUGAAGAAAGGGUACUUGUCAGGACUCAGGAUCUCUAGAGGAAAUUUCAUCCAGGGUCGGCAUCUCUUGCAUGGAAAUGGUGGCAAGCAGAUUUUUCAUUCAAUGUCUCCUACUGGAAAUUUCACUAUAUUAGUUGGAUACACUUCAUAUGCCACUAGAUCAACAUUUAGGGUGAUUGCAAUUUGCAAGAGGGAGACUUCUGUUUAGUUUGAUGCGUAUUUACUUUUCUUUUGAACUCCAAUGCUCUGGACCCAUUAAGUUAAU